AUGAGGGCAGCUUAUUAUUCGAUCGUGCUCUUAUUGCUGGCUUUUCCAUCCGAUUUGGCCACAUAUAUUGAGAGUAUGGCAGCCAACGUUGAUUCUUCUCGAACAGAGAAGCGACAUGAGAAGUUUGUUCCGUUAGUGGCGUUUGAAUGCGGUUUUCGUAAUAAAUUCAUGAGUGAAGACGGUAAGUGGGUGAAUGAUGCGAAUCGUUAUGCGACAUGUCAAAAGGGUAAACUGGACAUUCUGAAAUAUUGUCAUAAGGCAUAUCCGAGAUUGGAUAUCACAAAUAUAGUCGAAUAUUCACAUGAAGUUAAGAUAGAUUCAUGGUGUCGUGAAGACGGAAAGCCAUGCAAGUGGACGCAUACAGUGCGCCCAUAUCAAUGUAUCGUGGGUGAAUUUCAUUCUGAGGCGUUACAAGUACCACAUGGUUGUCGUUUUGGACAUGUGAACGAUCGUCAGUCAUGUAACAAUUAUGCGCAUUGGAAAGAUGAAGCACAUCAACAAUGCCAAUCGAAAGUAGCUGACGGAAAACGAAUGAACUUGCGAUCAUUCGCUGUGCUUGAGCCUUGCGGUUUGGAUCUGUUCACUGGUGUUGAGUUCGUUUGUUGUCCAUCGCCUAAUAAUAAUCAUCAUAGUCAUAAUCAUCAUAUUCCAGAUGAAAAGCAACACAUCGAUAAGGUUGUUGAUUUGGAUAAGAAAACGGUAGGAGAGCAUUACGGUCGCGAAGAUGAGGGCAGUGAGAACAUGGAUGAUGAUGAAGAUGAUGAUUAUGAUGAAGAUUAUUCGGAUGAAGACGACGAGGAUGAUAAAGAAGUCGUUGAUACGACGAAACGAGGUGGAAGCAACAAACAACAGCAGGAUCCAUAUUUCAAGAUAUCAGAUCCAAUAAACGAGCAUGAACGCUUUAAAGAAGCUGGACAACGACUCGACAAAAAGCAUCGCGCGAAAAUUGAUAAGGUAAUGCGUGAAUGGAGUGACCUAGAAGCUCGUUAUAAGAAAAUGAAGCAAACUGAUCAAAAAGGUGCCGAAGCAUUCAAACUUGAAAUGACAUCCAGAUUCCAGAAAACGGUAGCAUCUUUGGAAGAGGAGAACAAGGAGCAGAAGAAGCAAAUAGAAGACGUUCAUGAAGAACGUGUGCAAGCGAAUCUUAACGAAAAGAAACGACAGGCAACACACGAUUAUCGUGCAGCGUUAGCCAUGCAAGUUGGAACGACGAAUAAGCAUAAUGUUUUGAAAACAUUGAAGACUUACAUUCGUGCUGAAGAAAAGGAUCGAACGCAUAUGCUGAAUAGAUAUCGACAUUUGCUUCGAACGGAUCAAGCCGAAGCUGAAGCGUUCAAGCCAAUUUUGUUGCAUCGAUUGCGUUAUAUUGAUUUGCGUAUUAAUGGAACUCUGGCAAUGCUUCGUGAUUUCCCUGAGCUGGAAAGACAAAUUCGGCCGAUUGCAAUUGAGUUUUGGUCGGAUUAUCGUCGGGAAAAUACACCCGAAGUGACUGACGAUGAAUAUACGACGAUUGGUGGCGAUGAACAAAAUGUGAGACUCGUACAGAUGUAUAAAGAUUCAUUCGACCGUAUCCAUAAUCCAGGUGCAGUGAGGAAACUACCACUAACAACAACGCAAAAACCAUUGGCUGAGUCAGUUGAGUCGAAGACUGGUGCUGUGGCAACACGUGAUGAGGAUAUCAGCGAUGAAAAUGAUGGCGAUGACGACGACGACGAUGAUGAAGAGGAGGACGAGGAGGAUAUAAGUGGAUUGACCUUAGAUGAGAUUAAGAAACAUAAGUCGGCGAUUAUCUCUCGCCAACAACAUAGCAACAACAAAAAUGAUGGUGCAAAUUCAUCGCCGCAUAAAAUUGCCAUUGAGAAAAUUGUUAAGAAACCAAUUAUUCAUAGUAGCAAUAGUGCUAGCAGAAAUAUUAAUGAAAAGGAAAUGUUCAUAAGUAAUGAAAAGGACGACGAAGUAGAAGAUGACGAUGAUGAUGAGGAUGAGGACGAUGAUGAUGAGGCAGUGACUGAUUCGUUGGAUUCAGCUGAUAGAUCAGUUGAACGCGAGCUACAUGUCGAAAUUGAGCCGAUUGUCAGCGAAGAACAUGUAAGAAUUCAUGAUUUAGCACCACGUCCAUCGUACGCUAAACAUGAACCGCUCAUACAGCAUAAGGUGGAUGCGGCACAUCAUCAGCAUUCGUCAUCACCUCAUUUGGGUGCAUCGACACAUAUGCUGUUGGUAUUUGCUGCUUCAGCAACAAUCAUUAUCGCAGUUUUCGCGAUUGUUGUAACACGUCGUCGAUCUCGACAUGCUGGUUUUAUUGAGGUUGAUGUGUGUACACCAGAAGAGCGACAUGUGAACGGAAUGCAAGUGAAUGGCUAUGAAAAUCCGACUUAUUCGUUCUUCGAUAGUAAACCGUAA